CUUGCAGUGGAUCAGCUCCUCUCCUCAGCACCACAGCGACCUGCGAGAUACAAAGAAAGAAGGGAAAAAUGGUGAAGAUCUCAUUUCAGCCCGUAUCGGUGCAGAAGCCUGAAAAACAGAGGGAUGGAGGGAAAGAGGAAAUUAUCAUGUCUUACUCUCAGCCGGAUGAGCUCGUCCUCCCUCUUAGGCCUAAGAAGUCUUCAAUAAGUGGCCUCUGGUGUCUGAUUCCUGGCCUGGUGAUCUUCAUAUCUGGCGUGAUUAUUGUGUCAGUCUAUGUGUAUCGCAACUACUUCACCCCUCAGAUCCCUGAGGACAGUCUGUUCCACUGUCGGGUGAUGUAUGAAGACUCGCUGUACGCACCGUUGCUAGGGAGACAGGAGCUGCAAGAGAAUGUUGGCAUCUACUUAGAAGAAAACUAUGAGCAGAUCAAUGUCCCUGUGCCCAACUUCGGAGGAAGCGAUCCAGCUGACAUCAUCCACGACUUCCACCGGGGCCUCACAGCAUAUCACGACAUUGCGUUGGAUAAGUGUUAUGUUGUUGAGCUCAACACCACCAUUGUCAUGCCUCCCAGGAACCUGUGGGAGCUACUAAUUAAUGUCAAGAGGGGGAUGUACCUGCCACAGACCUACAUGGUUCAGGAAGAGAUGAUGGUGACAGGCAGAGUGAAAAACAUGCGUCAGCUUGGUCCCUUUAUUCACCGCCUCUGUUAUGGCAAAGAGACUUUCCGGCUCAAACGCCGCAACUCUCGCAGACGUAUUGACAAGCGAGAAAGCAGGAAGUGUCACAGAAUCCGUCACUUUGAGAACACAUUUGUGAUGGAGACUAUGAUCUGUGACCGGGCCUAAAACGUCAGCCUCUGCAUCUUCCCAACUCAACUGAGCAGAUCCCAAAACCUGUUCCUCUGCGUUUAGCUUUUAUUGCACUUUAUAGCACAUCUACAUUGUACAUACUGUGUAAGGCAUUAUGUCUUUUUUCCCCCCAAAAUUUAGCCAGUUUGCGAUAAAUCAACACUAGUUUGUUUUUCAGGAACCUAAUGUUCUAGGUUGAAUAAUAACUGCCUUAGAGUUAAGUUUGGUGGCUGGUCUUGUUGUCUUGGUUAAACAUGUUGAUCUGUAUAUAUCGGUAUUUAUGUAACAUAAAUGUAUAAUUUUUUUUAUUGAAAAUUGGGUUGGGUUCUUAAUGUUAGAGACUGGUCUGAGAAACUUCAGCACAUGGAAAUGAUUUUACUGACUGUAUUGACAUCUUUGUAGUGUGAGACCGUGGCAUGCACUAUGCACUGACUUAAUUUUUUGGUUGUUUGUCUGUUAGUUGGUAAGGGUUAUUGUCUAUAGAAUGGACAACCUGCUCCCAUUUCCCUGUGUUAAAUAAGAAAUCCAGAUUUUGAAAAUUGUCUUAAUGCCAAAAAGUAUACCUCAUGUUUUAGAAAUGUAUGAGUUAAUUACAUGUUAUUUAAUUAAGAUAUUGUUUUCAUUUUUCCCCCCCAAAGUAACUUAAGCAAUAGAGUUUUCUUAUCUUGGAUUUCAUAUUUUAUCAUGGGACAUUUUCAUAUAAACUUGUAUGUUUUUUGUGUCUUUGUGACAUAUUUGUGAAUAAAGUUUAUAGAAAAAUUGA